GCACCAAAACAUUUUAGUUUGUCUUUUUGUAAUUAUCAAAUUUCGAUUUAAAUAUGAAAUAUUACAGGGAGGUAAUUAUCAUACUCUGAAAAUAAUAAUAAUAAUAUUAAGUUCCCCGAUCAUCGCUGGCAAGAAGCCACGUUCUCCUUCAGCCUAACACCUUCCAACAACAGAAAAAACUAACAGGCUCUUCAACAUUUUCGCCAUCAGCCAUCAGCCAUCAGCAAUCAGCAAUCAGCAAUCAGCAAUCGGCGAUUAGCAUAUCCAUUCAGUCCAGUAUUUCUCUUCUUCAACCGGCGAUGGAUCCGAACCCGAAGAACUUCCCGAUUCUCUCCUACGUCAUGGCCCGACUCCCCUCUCUCGGGCCAAGACCCUCCGCUUCAUCAACGCCGGAUUUUGACAUCGAGCAACCACCACCAUCGUCGCCAUCUAAGUCCGGUCAAACGCAAGAAAUUGUGAACCAGAUGCCUCACCUCACCCAACCCAAGGUCUUGGCCUCAAUGACCAACGCCAUAUCCGACGUCGCCCAGACCCGAUCCGUCCUCCGCACACUGGGGCCCCGCCCCGACCACGAGACUGUUGAUAGGGCCCGCGCAAAAGUGGAGGAGAUCGAGUCUUCGCUCUCCAAAUCACUCGAGGAACUCGUCCUUUCCCCACGCCCUGCUGACGUGGAUCGCCUUCAAUGGCGGUCUCUCAUGGCGGAGAAGGAGCAGCAGUGCCGCGAAGCCGCGCAGAAGGAGAAGAGUCUUUACAAGUCAAUACUGCAACUCGACGAGAUGCACGAGGCCUAUGGGAAGCUCUUAAAGGAGGCGGAGGCAACGCUAGUGAGGAUUUAUGAGUCAGCGGAGAAGGUUGCGGAUGGCGCGCUUGAGAGCUCGUCAUCGACUGAGGAAAUCAAUGAGGAAGUUGUUGGGAUCCUCCAGGAGGCGUCUGGGAAUUUGUUGGAGCACGUGGACUUGUCGGGACGAAAGUUAAGGAUUCUUCCUGAGGCGUUCGGGAAGAUUCAAGGCUUGCUUGUGCUUAACCUCUCUGAUAAUCAGCUUGAGCAGGUCAUUCCUGACUCGAUUGCUGGUUUGCUAAAACUCGAAGAACUUAACAUUUCAUCCAAUCUUUUGGAGACACUGCCAGAUUCUGUUGGACUGUUACAUAAUUUGAGAGUCCUAAAUGUUUCUGGAAACAAGUUAACUGCCUUACCUGACAGCAUUUGCGAAUGCAGGUCAUUGGUCAAGUUGGAUGUGAGCUUCAACCAGCUGACUUAUUUGCCUACUAAUAUUGGGUUUGGAUUGGUGAAUCUACAAAGACUCUUAAUCCAUUUGAACAAGAUUCGCUCCCUUCCCACAUCAAUUGGGGAGAUGAGGUCUUUGCAUCAUCUGGAUGCUCACUUCAAUGAGCUCGGAGGCCUACCACUUUCAAUUGGGAGGCUGACCAAUCUUCAAUUUCUCAAUCUGAGCAGCAAUUUUAGUGACUUGACUGAGCUUCCUGACACAUUUGGUGAUCUUACAAAUCUAAAGGAACUUGAUCUCAGCAACAAUCAGAUUCAUGCUCUUCCAAAUACGUUUGGUAGGCUUGACAAAUUAACCAAACUCAAUCUGGAACAGAAUCCUCUUGUGAUUCCACCAAUGGAUGUUGUGAAGGAAGGGGUUGAAGCUGUGAAGCUAUUUAUGGCUAAGAGGUGGGUUGACAUACUUGUGGAAGAAGAAAAGAAGUCCAUGCUUGAAGAGAAUGAACAAGCACAAACUGGAUGGUUGACACGGAGCACCUCUUGGUUUGAAAGCGUUACAGAACUGUGACUGAAUAUUUAGGAUCUCCUAGAGGAAGAGACACUUACCUUGAUCAGCAGCUAUAACUUUGAAGGUCCAUGAAUAUUUCGAGCGGUCAUGCUUUACUUUGAUGGUGUGUAACUUUGGUGAAGAUUCAAGAAGCGCUUUCCAUUGUGGUUGCUGCGGGGCUGUCAUUCUUAUUUUCAGCAUCAAAAGGAUCUUUUCAGAUAAAUAACAACACUAAGAGGAUAUGGGGAAUUUAAACUCGAGAUAUAACUGAGGUAUGCCCUUAACACUUAGGAUCUUGGUUGAUGAAAAGAAAAUAUAGCAUAUUCAUUUCUGUUCCCUGUUUAGUUCCAAAGAGAAAAUCAAUUUUGCAGGAUGAUAAGUAGGUAAGGUGCUGAAGUUUGUACUUUGAAAUGAAGUUUUAGAUGUCAUCGUUGUAACUCUUGCGAUUUUUGCCAACAUUUCUGAUGUGUCUCUAAAUUUCAUUGACAUGAUAUCCUGUAAAAAGAAUGAACAGGUCGUUUCAGAUUUUU